GGCGUGAGGCCGUGCGGGCACUGCCUGAGACGGUCCUGUCCACAGGGAGCUCCAGCCCUUCUUCCAGACUCGGCCACAGAAACAGCCCACACCAUGUCUGACGAGGAAGUUGAACAGGUGGAGGAACAGUACGAGGAGGAAGAGGAAGCCCAGGAGGAAGAAGUCCAUGAGCAAGCUCCAGAACCAGAGGAGGUCCAAGAAGAAGUCGCAGAGGAAGGACGGGAGGAAGAGGAAGAGGAGAAGCCAAGACCCAAACUCACUGCUCCUAAGAUCCCGGAAGGGGAGAAAGUAGACUUCGAUGACAUCCAGAAGAAGCGCCAGAACAAGGACCUCAUGGAGCUGCAGGCCCUCAUCGACAGCCACUUCGAGGCUCGCAAGAAGGAGGAAGAGGAGCUGAUCGCGCUCAAGGAGAGAAUCGAGAAGCGCCGCGCGGAGAGAGCGGAACAGCAGAGGAUCCGCGCCGAGAAGGAGCGGGAGCGCCAGAACCGACUGGCGGAGGAGAAAGCCCGGAGGGAGGAGGAGGACGCGAAGCGGAGGGCUGAGGACGACCUCAAGAAGAAGAAGGCUCUGUCCUCCAUGGGCGCUACCUACAGCAGCUACCUGGCCAAGGCCGACCAGAAGAGAGGCAAAAAGCAGACAGCGCGGGAGAUGAAGAAGAAGAUUCUAGCUGAGAGACGCAAGCCACUCAACAUCGACCAUCUCAGUGAGGACAAGCUGAGGGAAAAGGCCAAGGAGCUGUGGGACACCCUGUACCAACUGGAGACGGACAAGUUUGAGUUUGGGGAGAAGUUGAAACGCCAGCGAUACGACAUCACCAACCUCAGGAGCCGUAUUGACCAGGCCCAGAAGCACAGCAAGAAGGCCGGGGCGAAGGGCAAGGUUGGCGGGCGCUGGAAGUAAAGCAGCUGGGAAGGCCCCCCGAGGCAGAGACCCUGGGCACGUGAAGUCCACAUGGCGGUGUCUGGCCCCCAGGCCUGGGGGCAGAGGGCCCACUCCCGAGCACCCCCCAUGUCUCUGUUCUAACUGCCCCCACCUCCUGGGGUCUGUGAAUAAAACUACCAGACUCCCCUCCA